AUGAUGGUGAGGUGGAGUGUGUGUCGCAGUUCCCUGGGUCUGCCAGCAUGUGGACUACCCAGUGCCCGCCACAACUCCAGUAUGCCGGUGGUGCGCCAAGCUCUGUCCCCAGACAACAGCAGUACGGUCCAGGCCUUCAGUGAGAUCCCAGGUCUCUGGAGAAACGGACUUGCCAACCUCUACAGUUUCUGGAAACUAGACGGAUUCAGGAACAUCCACAGAGUCAUGGUGCACAACUUCAACACCUUCGGUCCAAUAUACAGGGAGAAGAUAGGCUACUACAAUAGUGUAAACAUUAUAAAGCCGGAGGAUGCAGCCAUCCUGUUCAAGGCAGAAGGACACUACCCCAAGAGGUUAACAGUGGAGGCAUGGACCUCAUACAGAGACUACAGGAGCAGGAAAUAUGGAGUCCUGCUCAAGAAUGGGGAAGACUGGCGUUCCAACAGGGUGGUUCUGAAUAGAGAGGUGAUCUCUCCCAAGGUGUUGGGGAACUUUGUUCCUCUGUUGGAUGAAGUUGGACAGGACUUUGUGGCCCGGGUACAUAAGAAGAUAGAAAGGAGUGGACAGGACAAAUGGACCACCGAUCUUUCUCAAGAACUCUUCAAAUAUGCUCUGGAAUCGGUGGGUUCAGUUCUGUAUGGGGAGCGUCUGGGCCUGAUGUUGGACUACAUCAACCCUGAGGCCCAACACUUCAUUGACUGCAUCUCUCUGAUGUUCAAGACUACCUCUCCCAUGCUGUACAUCCCCCCGGCCAUGCUGAGGAGGGUAGGAGCCAAGAUCUGGAGAGAUCACGUAGAGGCCUGGGAUGGCAUCUUCAACCAGGCGGACCGCUGCAUCCAGAACAUCUACAGGACGAUGCGUCAGGACACCAACACCCACAGGAAGUAUCCAGGAGUCCUGGCCAGCCUUCUGAUGUUAGACAAGCUGUCUAUAGAGGACAUCAAGGCCAGCGUCACCGAACUGAUGGCUGGAGGGGUAGACACGACGUCUAUCACCCUGCUGUGGACUCUAUAUGAGCUGGCCAGACAUCCUGACCUCCAGGAAGAGUUGAGGGCUGAGGUGGCUGUAGCCAGACAGUCUACCCAGGGAGACAUGCUACAGAUGCUGAAGAUGAUACCGCUGGUCAAAGGAGCGCUGAAGGAAACGCUGAGGCUUCAUCCGGUUGCAGUCAGCUUACAGAGAUACAUUACAGAGGAUAUCGUCAUUCAGAACUAUCACAUACCUUGUGGGACUCUGGUCCAGUUGGGUCUUUAUGCGAUGGGUAGAGACCCAGAUGUGUUCCCCAGACCUGAGAAGUACCUCCCAUCCCGCUGGCUGCGGACAGAGAACCAGUACUUCAGGAGCUUGGGCUUCGGGUUUGGACCCAGACAGUGUCUCGGACGGCGCAUUGCUGAGACGGAGAUGCAGCUCUUCCUUAUACAUAUGCUGGAGAACUUCAGAGUAGAUAAACAGCGUCAGGUGGAGGUGCACAGUACCUUUCAGUUGAUCUUGUUGCCAGAGAAACCCAUUCUUCUGACCCUGAAGCCUCUAAAGAGCAGCCAGUGAUAUCAUGAAGCCUCUACACAGCAGCUGGUGACAUCAUGAAGCCUCUACACAGCAGCUGGUGACAUCAUGAAGCCUCUACACAGCAGCUGGUGACAUCAUGAAGCCUCUACACAGCAGCUGGUGACAUCAUGAAGCCUCUACACAGCA